UCUCAAAGCGAGUAAGCGAGGGACUUUUUUUUUUAAUUAUUAUUAUUUUCUUUUUCUUCUUGAUAAAGAAGAGUGAGUUUAUGUCAAUGCUCAAUAUAUGUUGCAUUGGAUCCUUCGCCGAAGUGUUUUUCUAAGUUUCCUACGUUCUCUCCCUCCCUUCAAGAACAUUUCUAUAGCUAGAAACCCAAACAAGCUAAGAAACAUUCACUAAAGAAACCGAAAAGGUGGCCAUUUUUAUGAUUUGAUUCUCAGCCACCACCACUGUAUUCUAUAAUGCCAAGCAUUUCUCCUUCCAUGGCUCCAGCCUACUCUUAGCAAUCUAAAGCUAUUUUCAGUAUUUGCUUGCUUGUUUUUGUUUUAUCUUUCCCUUUUCCCUACUAGCUAGAUCACUAUCUUCCUGAGUACCCUAGCUAGCUAGUAUUCUCAAGAUCUAGCUUUAGAUUUCGACUGGGUUUUGUCCUGUGUUUGCUUUAUUAAUUUGAUCAAGAGAGGUUUUUCUGCCAUGUUCUCGGAAUCGAAACCAUUUUCGUUAACGGGGUUGCCCAACUCUCAGAUUUUUUUCUCUGAGAAAGAUCCGAAUCCUAAGGAAUUCAAUUUCCUUGUGAGACCCACGUUAGAACUUGGAGAUGACGGUGAAACUGUAGCUCAAGAGCUUCAUCAGGAAAAAGAAGUUGACGAAGAAGGAAAGCAAGAAGAUAAAUGCGAGAUCUCGGUACCUACUUUGAAGAUAAAAUUCCCAUCUUUAGGAGCUUUCCAAAUUGAAGAUAGUGAUCAUGGUGAUGGUUCGAAGACUCCAACUUCUUCUGAUUGCAAAAUCCCUGUCAUUUUUCAAUGUCCGCCUGCACCUAGAAAACCUAAAUCACUUCCAUCAACCAAACGAAAAUCGCCUCGACGGAGAGUCUUACUUGAUCUGUCCAACGAGGUUGAAACUUUGUUUCCCCCAGCUCUUGCUGCAAAUCUUGGUGGCAAGAUUAAGAAAGUUAGACAAGGCAACGACACCAAAUAAAGGUGCUAGCUACUUAUAAUUAUGUGAAGUUACAGUUACAUUUUUCUUAUUUUUUUUUUCAUCUGCCAAAAUCUUCAUGACAAGCAAAAUCAUAUCCAGGAUGCUAAUAUUAUCAAUAUUGCUAUAUCACAGAUCAUUCAUGUCA